UUUUUUUUUAAUUAUUUAAAUUACACUUUACUUACGUAUUGUGUGUGCUUGACUGGGUGGUUUUGAUGUGCCCGUGUCCCCCCUCCCCACUUCAUCAGGUCUAGUUAGUUCUGCAACUCCAUUUCUUAUGUCUCACUUGGGUCUAGUGGCCGAGUCCUCCUGCUGAGGGACCUUCUCACCGAUCGCUCCGUUUCUGCUUCUUCUUUCCAAUCCAAGUCAGCACAGCUAAAUAGGCUUCCCAGUAACCUGCAAAUAAAACUGCAAGUCUUUGUGCGGCUCCUACAGCUUCUGCCAGCCUCUCCCUGAGCUGUGUGGUGUAUUGUUUCUUAAUUGCGCGGAGCCAUUUCUUGACUUGGCCUUCCAUGGUAUGGUGUCAUUCCCUCCCUUUCUUGGGCUUUUUCUUCUUUUCUUCGGCAUGGUCAGAUGUCAUUUUCCCAAGUUUCUAGACAUUCAGUUUAAAGUUUCUCCACAGGGCUGGGGAUGGAGCAAGCCCAGUGGCAGAGUGCUUGCUCAGUAUACAGGGUUCAAUCCCUGAUACAUUUGUCUGUUGCUGGGUAACCUCGUGUUCUUUUCCUUCCCCCGCACUGACUAAAGUGGCUGCUUGUAUUUAUUGCCUACCUGUUAGUGUACAUCUCCCCCCAGACCAUAUACCCAGUUAUACCACAAUAUCCAGGUCAUAGCAAAGUAUAUGGUUCACUGUAGGUGACUUAGAGAGCUUUGCUUAUCAGGGAGUGGAGCCAGGAGGUGCUCAGGCAUAGGAAUGACUUAAGUUAGUGUUGCCAGCAUCAGUGGAGAAGAUGACCUUGGUUGCUAGAGUACCUGGGGCAUCUGUGAGAGUUGGGGCUGGGCUCUGAAGGAUGAUUGACAGGUGACAGGUGGCUGUUGAAAAACCAUUCAGUGUAGAUGGAGGAGGCUGCUCGUGGGCCCUAAGUAGAAAUAGGCUUCUGUCUUGCUUGCCCAGGGAUGUUAGGCGUUUGGAAGAUGCUUCUUUUUGUUUUUUAUUCUACCAUGCCAAUCUCUAUCUCCAUUCACCCACGAGAGAGAGAGAGAGAGAGAGAGAGAGAGAGAGAGAGAGAGAGAGAGAGAGAGAGAGAGAGAGAUAUUUAGAUUUUGUUCUCGAAAGCUUGUACAUACAAACUUGUGUCUCUGAGUCUCUGUUUUCCUGACUGAGAACAAGAAAGCAGUGCUUUAAUUCUUCCCCAUCGGGCACCCCAGUUGGAUGAUUCUGGGUGUCCUUCUUGCCCUCGGAGCUUGUGCUAGCAUCUUUCCCAGCCUGGAAUACUAUGGGUGGGGAGGGUCUUUCCAGCUGACAAAGCCGGAGGAGCUGAGACGGUUGGGCAGAACAGGACCCAGGAAUGAGGGAGCUGCCGCUUGAAUUUCUCUGAGAUAAGCCCACUUGUCCAGCAAAAUAGAGUCCCUCAGGGUGACGGUUGACUUCCUAAAGGUGCCUCUUGGCCUGAAGAAGCCUGUGCUGAAGGAGGUGGCUGUGGGACCCCCCAAGAGGUCCCAGCCCGCGGCCCUGGAGCGCUACAAGGCACGGCGUUCGGACGCCAUGGACACCGAGUCCCAGUACUCGGGCUAUUCCUACAAGUCGGGCCACUCCCGCAGCUCCCGGAAGCACAGGGACCGCCGGGACCGACACCGCUCUAAGAGCCGGGAUGGGAGUCGUGGAGAUAAAUCAGUGACGAUCCAGGCUCCGGGAGAACCCCUGCUGGACAAUGAGUCCACGAGGGGGGAUGAGCGGGAUGACAACUGGGGAGAAACAACAACGGUGGUCACGGGCACUUCUGAGCACAGUAUCUCCCAUGAUGACCUCACGCGCAUCGCCAAGGACAUGGAGGACAGUGUCCCGUUGGAUUGUUCCCGCCACCUGGGCGUGGCGGCAGGGGCCAUUCUGGCGCUGCUCUCGUUCCUCACCCCGCUGGCUUUCCUGCUGCUGCCUCCACUGCUGUGGCGGGAGGAGCUGGAGCCGUGUGGGACGGCCUGUGAGGGCCUCUUCAUCUCCGUGGCCUUCAAGCUGCUCAUCCUGCUGUUGGGCAGCUGGGCUCUGUUCUUCCGCCGGCCCAAGGCCUCACUGCCCCGAGUCUUCGUGUUACGAGCUCUGCUCAUGGUGCUUGUCUUCCUGCUGGUUAUUUCCUAUUGGCUCUUCUACGGUGUGCGCAUCUUGGACGCCCGGGAGCGGAGCUACCAGGGCGUGGUUCAGUUUGCCGUUUCUCUAGUGGAUGCUUUACUCUUCGUGCACUAUCUGGCCGUAGUUCUGCUGGAGCUCCGUCAGCUCCAGCCCCAGUUCACACUCAAGGUCGUGCGAUCCACAGAUGGGGCCAGCCGCUUCUACAAUGUCGGCCAUCUCAGCAUCCAGCGAGUGGCAGUGUGGAUCCUGGAGAAGUAUUACCAUGACUUCCCUGUCUACAACCCCGCCCUCCUCAACCUGCCCAAGUCCGUCCUGGCCAAGAAAGUGUCUGGCUUCAAGGUGUAUUCUCUCGGAGAGGAAAAUAGCACCAAUAACUCCACGGGCCAAUCAAGGGCUGUGAUCGCGGCUGCGGCACGGAGGCGCGACAACAGCCACAAUGAGUACUACUACGAGGAAGCCGAGCAUGAGCGCAGAGUGCGCAAGCGCAGGGCCAGGCUCGUGGUGGCUGUGGAGGAGGCCUUCACGCACAUUAAGCGGCUGCAGGAAGAGGAGCAGAAGAACCCCAGGGAGGUGAUGGACCCCCGGGAAGCAGCCCAAGCGAUCUUUGCAUCCAUGGCUCGUGCCAUGCAGAAGUACCUUCGCACCACCAAACAGCAGCCUUACCAUACCAUGGAGAGCAUCCUUCAGCACCUGGAGUUCUGCAUUACCCACGACAUGACGCCCAAGGCCUUCCUGGAGCGAUAUUUGGCUGCUGGACCCACCAUCCAGUACCACAAGGAACGUUGGCUGGCCAAACAGUGGACCUUGGUGAGCGAGGAGCCGGUGACCAAUGGGCUUAAGGAUGGCAUCGUGUUCCUCUUGAAGCGCCAGGACUUCAGCUUGGUAGUGAGCACCAAGAAGGUGCCCUUCUUCAAACUCUCUGAGGAAUUUGUGGAUCCCAAGUCACAUAAGUUCGUCAUGCGGCUGCAGUCGGAGACCUCUGUGUGACUUUUGCAGCAGCCGCGGAGGAGGGAUGUGGGGGGUUCCUGCGGAGUGGGAGGGGCUUGGUUCUCUGGCCCUGACACAUUUCUGCCAGUCCUACUUCCUCUUGCUCUUGUUUGUUUUUGUUUUUUGUUUUUUGUUUUUUUUUUUACUUGAAUUAACUUAUCCUGUACCCAGUCUCCCCUCUUCCUCAGUUUUUCCCAUCUGGAAAUCUGGAGAUAAAUCUUGUUAACAAUACCUGGGAACCACCCUGCCCUCCAAUUUUGUAUCACUCCAGGCCCUGCAGGAAACAGUGCCUCACAACUCUCCCAUCCCCCCACCCCAUUCUUCCCCCGCAAACCUUCCCUGGAUGGAAGCAUUCAGGGCCUUCCGGAUUCUACCCUUGCCUCCUGAGCUCCAACUUAGAAAUGUACAUUCUUAGAGCCGCGCUCUCUAGUGGCCCCUGAUAGAGUUUCUCUUGGGGGCACAGCUCUGACCCUAGAGGACCAUGGUGCCAAACUCCUGUGGGACAACAGCUAAUCCUAUCCUCGGUCCCUACGCUUAGCCCUGAGUCCCUGGGCAAGGAUGCACCUGUGACAUAAUCCCAGAAUUAGGAUUCUCUCUGCAGUCUUGCUCGCCAGUGUUACAGCUGUGCUUCCUGGUACACACACACACACACACACACACACACGGACACACACGGACACGGACACACACACACAGCACCUCACAGAUACACACACUCACACACACACACACACACACACACACGGACACACACACGGACACGGACACGGACACGGACACACACACACACACACGGACACGGACACACACACGGACACACAGCACCUCACAGAUACACACACACACAUACACACACACACACACACACACACACAGAAACAUAGAAGAAGGGGAAGUGCAGUCUUCUACUCAGGAGUCUUUACUGCUGUUUCUGACUUGUAUGGUCAUGUGAUCAUAGGCAAACAGAGGUGGAACCUCUCUGACCACUUUACCAGGGCUGUGGGGAAGGUGUAAUGUGUCUUUCUUAGACAACUCCCGAGAGGAAGGGCAGGAUAGACCCCUGAGGUUGGAGAGACCCUUGUCACUGACCUCACUUGUCCCUCUGAACCCACUGACCUGUUCUUCCCCACCCUUCCCCAUGAAGGAUACAUGUUGACUUCUUAAGGACUCCAUGACAUGCAGACCCUGACCAACCUUGGGGUCGAAGACAUUUUGUGUUUUGCGCCAGCUACCACAGUCCUGCUGAAUUCGGGCUCCGAGACCUGUGGCCUCGUCUCUUAUGGGGAGGGGCCAGGAACUCCUUCUCAUCCCCUGCCUUAAAUCCAGUUCUUUGCCUCAGGGGUCUCUUUACCAUGGCCUUCCAGGGUCCCAUCCUCUUUUCUCCCGCCUCGCUUUCUGGGCUCUUUAUCAGGGUGAGGGACCAGGAUUACUGCCUUUUGUGGGUAUUAGCUCCUCGCCCCAUUCUAACUAACACAGCCUUUGCAGCAAAUCUGAACGAAUCUCAGUAGUCACUUUGAGCAGGAUUCCCUAACCCUCUAAUGGAUAUUUUUCAGAGUAAACUUGAGCCUUUAAAUUAGACACCUUUAAAUUAUUUUUUACCACAAGGACUAGAAAUAGGGAACACCCACAUCUUUCUUUCUGGGAUCCAUGCGGAUGACUGUCCUGGUGGCUUCGAUGGAGAAAUGUCCCUGUGUCACUUCUUUAAAUAACCCUCAAAGCCCCUGCACGGGCCCUUCACGUCCCUGGGUAUUCUGCUGGUAUUUGCUGUGCAAAGCACGCCCUAAGAUGGGGUACCUUUGAUCUCACCGUGCGGCUGCAGGAUUCAAAGUGGAAGCCUACCUACCAGUUACUAAAGGGCUUGUCCAUUAGGGCUUACUUUGUUCUCAUGGGAAUGGUCUUUGGAGCUGACUUACGCAGGGCCUCGAGGUUAGCUUAGGGCUGUGAUAGAGGUGCCUGAAUAAAUUCCAGUGAAAUUACGAUGUCCUUGGGUAAUGGGAAGGUAUCUUUUCUUUAAAAAAAAAAAAAAAGAAAGAAAGAAAGAAGAAGAAGGAGAAGAAGAAGAAAGAAAAUUCAGGUUUCAGAGGAGAACCUUUUGAGUCACGUAAAUACCUCACUAUCCUGGAAAGCAGGGCCCGGAUGGUGAUUGGGGUCAUUGCCUUUGUGGGCAAGAGCGGGUUUUGCUGUUGCUUUGAGGAGUGGGUGGGUGGGGUGGGCCGAAGGAAAAGAUUUGGGAUCUUAGUUGAUGCCCUAGGUUAGGGGCACAGGAGUGUUUAUUUUAAGAACCUGCCAUGUUUUUUAAUCACUGUGAUAUUUCCAUUCCUUUUAUCCUAAAACAAAGAGAAGAAGUUUCCCUGACUCCCUGUCUAAGCACUAAGGGCUGUGACUUAAGAAUGGUAGCGUUUUGGUCCUUCGUGUCAGAACUGUGGUAUCUUCGUCUGCUUUGGUUGUUAUUAUUUUUUAAGAUGUCAGGAUGAAUUGUCAAAUGUAUGGCUCUGUGUGUGCGAGGUGUGUGUGUGUGUGUGUGUGUGUGUGUGUGUGUGUGUGUGUGUGUCUUUUGCUUCUCCAGAAUGGGAAGUUGUCUUCAUGCUGUGAACUGCUAUGGGUGGGCAGCUGACCCAGUCUCUCUGAGCAGUUUCCUCAACCAGCGCUGUCCCACCGGUGGCUCCGUGGUUUCUCAUGCUUGCACUGCGGGCAUGAGACUAGCCUGCUCAGCUCUCUCACCAUAGGGGAUGCUGGGCUGGGCUACUCCAGUGCACUCUGUGUGUGUGCUCCGGCUGGGUGGCAUCCUGGCUCAUCCCCACUACACAACUUGGCCUUUGUUUUCAUGACCUCAGUGCGGGCUUACCGCUCUUCCCUCUACACCAGGACGCCGUGCCUCCACACCAGGACACCGUGCCUCCGUCCAUCACCUACCUCGCCACUGUCACCCUCCCCAUUGGUCCCUUUCCAGUUUCUCCUUAAAUGUAUGUCUUUGUUCUCUCUGUUGAUCUCCCACUUCCUCUGAUCCCUGCCAUUACGCUCUGUGCUUUCGCUCCUAGCUGGCUGGCCACAGCAUUCCCGUUGUGAAUCCUGAUUUAAUAAAGACAAGGAGGCAGGAUUCUCUUAGUCCCUGUUUGUCUGGGUCCCUGCUCUCCCUGUUGGUUGGGCCUAGCUCUGCCUUGUCCCUUCCUGGUGUCUGUCUGUCGGUCUUUUUUCUUUCCUCUCUUCUCCCCGUGGGGCAGCAUCUGCUGAUGGAUUCUGUUCUGAUUGUGUGAUUGUUGUAAUUUGUCCUUCUGUGCGCAAAAGGAAGGGCUUCUUGAAUCUCUUCCAAGUGAGAUUGUAAAUGUAGAACUUUCCAUUGUUGGAUCUAGAUUUUUUAAAAUCCUUUUUCUUCUCUCUCUUUCUUUUCUUCUUUUUUAUUUUCAAAAUUUUUAAAACAAAUUUUUGGGGCUAUUUUUUUUUUGUUUGUUCCAGAGCUGAGACCUUGUGCAUGCAUGUAGAAAAUUGUAAAAUGUAAAUUUUUUUUAAUAUAUAAAAAGCUUGUUUUUACAUUUGCAGUGGAUUAAACAUUAUGGCAAUUUUAGGGACUUUUUUUUCUUAAACAUAGGAACUAAAACUGUACAAAAAUUUUUUUUAUAUAUAAAAUAAAGACAUUUGACUUUA